UUUCCAUGUCCGUUGUUGUGCACACAUUAUCAACUUGGUGGUGCAAGAUGGGACAACCAUCAUGGCCCCUUUGAUAGAGAAUUUGAGAGAGACGGUUAAGUAUUUCAAGAAGUCACCGAGUCGCCUCCACAAGUUUGUUGAGACUUGCAAAAUAUUGGGUGUUGAGGUUGGCAACCAUUUGCAUCUUGAUUGUGUCACGCGGUGGAGUUCAACGUACCAGAUGCUUGAUACAGCCUACCCGUAUAGGGAAGCCUUGUCCUCUUAUGCAGCUUCAAAUGCCAACUAUCAAUGGGAACCGGAAAAAGAAGAAUGGGACAAGUUUGAAGUUAUUAAGCCAUUGCUCCUCUCUUUAUCUCGUGUGACAACUGCGUUUUCAGGGCAAUUAUAUCCCACCUCCAACAUAUUCUACCCUCACAUUGUCAGCAUCAAGAUUGCUUUGAGAAAAGCCAUGGCUCAUGAUGAUGAAUGCUACAAGAAAAUGGGUGAUGCAAUGAUGGAUAAAUUUGACAAGUAUUGGGAUGAGCCGAACAAUGUCAUGGUGCUUGCUACCAUCUUGGACCCAAGGUACAAGAUGAGGUAUGUUGAGUGGUGCUAUCACCAAAUGUAUGCUGUGGGGAAAGCAAAUACUGAGAAGAAUAUUGUGCGCGGAGAGUUGGACACAUUGUAUGAGAAGUUUGUUGCGAAAAAUAAGCAAGCUGGAGAAAGAGCUAGUGGAUCAUCAGCCAAGAACAAUUGCAACACAAGUACCUCGAUGCCACUUAUGGAUUGUGAGUUUCAGUCCUUCUUAUCAGCAACUUCAUCAACACCAUCAAAAAGUGAGCUUAGAAACUAUCUAGAUGACUUGAAUGAGGCAAUGGAUCCUAUGUUCAAUCUUCUUGAUUGGUGGAGGGUGAAUGCACCUAGAUACCCCGUAUUGGCAAUGAUGGCAAAGAGGUUCUUGACUGUCCCGGCUACCUCCGUGUCUUCGGAAUCAACUUUUAGCACGGGUGGAAGAGUUUUAGAUGACUACAGGAGUUCUUUGAAACCAGAAAUGGUGGAAGCCUUGGUGUGCGGUGCUAGUUAUAUCAAAGGUUCUCACAAGGACUUCAAUGUGGUGGAGAGAGAUGAAGAUGAGGAGGACGAUGUUGAGAAUAUCAAGUUGCCCAAGAUUGUUGAUGUGGGGGAUAACAACAAUUGGUAACUAUUCUUUUGACAUGUUUCAGUUUUCAUAUCUUUACAUGAUCCCAAUAUGUUUCCAAAUCUGUGUUACAUGUAGAUAAUCGUCAUGUUGGUGUUGCUCUUGCUACUUUGAAGAUGGAUGUCUACAUGAUCUUGUCAUGUGGAUUGUUGAGGUCAACGUGAUCGUCUCGAGCCAUUUCUUUUGUUGUCAUGAACUUCGAAUUAUGUGUUUGUUGUGAUGAACUUUGGAUUAUGUGUUUGUUGUGAUGAACUACGGUCCUUGAAUGAUGUUGUG